AUGAAGCGACCAAGCGAAGCCUUUGAGCUGGGCCAGUUUGGAUUGCUGCUGGGCUGCGACUUCAGUUUGGAGGACGAAUGUAUCGGCGUGGUGACCGCCCAUUACGCCUGCUUGAAAGUGUUGAAGCCUUUCAUACUGAAGGCCACCGACAUAUUGUGGCGAGAUGGGAAGCAGUGGAAGCCGAUUGGGGCGUUUCCCCCUCCAGAGUCCGACAUGGUGCUGCACCUGGCCUUGACUUCCGGCAACUCAUUUCGUCCCCUGAAGCAGCCCUUGUAUCAGAUGAUGGAGUGGCCAGCCAUGAAGAAUCUGCUAGUGUUCGACACCGACCGACAGCGCUCAGGCCAAGUCGUGAGGUUUGAGGCACUUGUAACGGCUUCCAUCGUGCUGGCCAGCAGAAGCGGCGGCGUCCACGGGGCUGGCUUGUCCUCCUUUUUAGGUGUAAUGCUGUAUGAAUUGGGCGUCGCAUCGGAGAUUGAAGCCACGCAGUCUUCGUUGGACGUCGAGGAUGCAUUGUUGAGCCAAGUUUUGGUUCCGUUCCUUUCGCCUCCGAACGCGGCGUGGCCCGACUGGUUUCUGAGUGACUGGGAAAAUACUUCCGCAGAGUUCGCGGAUUUAACGUUUACAGCCGACGCGAAAUCGGGGCGACUCGACUUUCGUGUUUCUUCCGGCGCCACUUCCUUCGAGUGUUCACGUUCCAUGAACCUGUCGGAACUUGAUCAAGUUAUGGAUCGAAUCCCCUCUGAGUCUUCAAUCCAUUUAAUUGUUACGAGUGCGGUGGAUGGGGUAUGGGAAACAUUGAAACCGGCCGCCGACAGCGACAGAGCGGCGGCGUGCACCCAAUUCUAUCAUAUUACUAACGGCUCAGGAGGGCAGCCUACCUGGACGCCAUACCCCGCAAUGACAACGACGUCCGAUUCUGAUGCCGGAGGGAAGAAGAAGACAGUUCUCGUGCUUGAGCUAGCACCUGGAGAGUGA